AUGACGGACGUUUCGACGGGAACAUGCGGUGGCAGAGUAACCUGCAAUUUCUUAAAGAAUUAUUACGCGGAUAAAGAAGUAGAAGGAGAAGGAGGAAAAGAUGAAGAAAAAAACGAGGAAGAUCCUUUAUUUAUGUACGAAGAAAUAACAGCGUUUCUUAUAUCGUUACGACCGCAAAUUCGACCGCAGGAAGAGUCGAGCGAGAACGAUGUAAUCGAAGCCAAACUGCCACUCAGAUCGAGCCUCUUCGAUCACGUAUCGCCGUACCUUCAAUUUCAACUUCACAGCUCGAUCGGGAUCGAUAUCCCAUUCGAACUGACGAAUUCUCUCAAAUGGAAGUUGACACCUACGACGCCAAAAAUCGUGCGAAAGAUCGUAGCGAACACGGGUUACGGGAUGACGCGAGAUGCGAGGGGGGACUGGUGCGGUUCUUGGUGCGAGGCGAUGUUUGCUUACAACUUUGAGUGCAUUAAAAAUCAUCAAAAAAUCAACCACUUCCCAGGAGCUUAUGAGAUCGGGAACAAGGAUCGUUUGUGCAGAAAUUUGAACAGACUCGCCAAUUUACACGGGAAAAAAAAAUUCGAUUUCAUACCCGACACGUAUGUCGUGCCGGAAGAUUUGCCGAAGAUACGAGCCAACUGGCAGAAAUGCAGACGCAACAAGUGGAUCGUAAAACCCCCCGCAUCUUCGUGCGGCCGAGGCAUAUUCCUCGUAUCCGAAUUCGCUAAAAUUGCACGCAUCAUAACGAACGGGAAAAUGGUCGUGCAAAGAUAUUUGUCGAGGCCGAAGCUGAUCGACAACACCAAGUUCGACCUUCGCAUUUACGUUCUCGUCACGAGCUUCGAUCCCCUCAAAAUUUACGUCUAUCGCGAGGGUCUCGUACGCUUCGCGUGCGAUAGUUAUCGCAACAGCCCUUCCAACCUCGACAACCACUUCAUGCACCUGACCAACUACAGCGUCAACAGGUCUUGCUCCCGUUACGAAUGCAACGACACCCUCGACUCUGGCAAAGGCCACAAGUGGUCCCUCCGCUGUCUCUGGUCCUACUUGAACAAACAAGGCGUCGACGCUGCCGGGGUGUUGAAUAAAAUUCACGACAUUAUCGUCAAAACCAUUAUCUCGUGCGAGUCGAGCAUCAACUCGUUCACAAGAACUCACAUUUCCUCGAGAUACUCGUGCUACGAGCUUUUAGGCUUCGACGUUCUCCUCGACGAGAACACCAAGCCCUGGCUUCUCGAGGUCAACAUAUCGCCCAGCCUGCAAACCUCCUCACCCUUGGACGAGGCUGUCAAAGGCCCUCUCGUAAGAGACACUUUGAACAUCGUUGGUUAUCAAGUGCCAGACAACAUUCCUCGACUAUCGCUCCACCAUUUGCAGGCCAAAUACAACGAGACCAUUUCCAAAUCAUCCUUCGUCUGCCAAGAUCACCAAUUUUACGACAAAGAAAUCAGCCGAAUGGCCAGAAGAAAACAAACCUUUUACUCGCGGAUCUGCAACCGGAAUAGCAAUUGUUACGUCAAUUCCAUUCUUGAUGCGCUGACCCCCGACGAUGCUCGCCAUCUCAUGAGAUACGAGGAUGAACUCGAGGCGAUCGGUGACUUUACUAAAAUCUUUCCCACCUCCCAAACUCGAAAAUAUUUCAAAUACUUUGCAAAAGUCUCCUAUUACAAUCUGCUCUUCGAUGCCUGGGAAAAAACUUAUGGCUCCGACAACACCAGAGAAAACGCUAUCGAACGACUUCGUAACUUGAGCAAAAUUAAGUACCACUUGGCCGAUUGA